CGGGCCCGGGCAGGGGGCCCCCGAGCCGCUGCCUUCUUGCCGGCCGCCGAGCCCCAUUUCCUGCUUUUUCGGUUUCCUCCGGGAGGGAGGGGGUGUGUGGAUGAAUUCUUCCGGGGGUCCUCGAUGAGGCGGGCCUGGGGGCCGCGCUCCUGUUAGAGGGUCCCCGCGGGACGCCGCUGGGGAAGAGGCUGUCUUUGCCUGGGCGGGGGACUUCCGGAGCCUGCUGGGACCAUGACCUGAACUGUGCAAACGGGACGUGUCGGAAGCCCGAGAGCCAGCUCACCUGAGCCGCCCUGUCCCCCGGCCAGUAUGGCAUCUGAAGAAGCCUCCCUCAGGGCAUUGGAAAGUCUGAUGACAGAAUUUUUUCAUGAUUGUACAACCAAUGAAAGAAAACGUGAGAUAGAGGAACUUCUUAAUAACUUUGCUCAGCAAAUAGGAGCCUGGAGAUUCUGCCUGUAUUUUCUCUCCAGCACUAGGAAUGACUAUGUAAUGAUGUACAGUUUAACGGUUUUUGAGAAUUUGAUCAAUAAAAUGUGGCUUGGGGUCCCAUCUCAGGAUAAGAUGGAAAUCCGUAGUUGCCUGCCCAAGCUCCUCCUGGCUCACCACAAAACCUUACCAUACUUUAUCCGGAACAAGCUCUGCAAAGUCAUUGUGGAUAUCGGCCGCCAGGACUGGCCCAUGUUCUACCAUGACUUCUUUACUAGCAUUCUUCAGUUAAUCCAGUCCCCUGUGACAACCCCCCUGGGGCUGAUCAUGUUGAAGACAACUUCGGAAGAGCUGGCUUGUCCCCGUGAGGACCUCAGCGUGGCGAGGAAGGAGGAGUUGCGGAAGCUGCUGCUGGACCAGGUGCAGGCGGCGCUUGGGCUCCUGACAGGUAUCUUGGAGACAGUCUGGGACAAACACAGCGUUACUGCUGCCACCCCACCACCAUCCCCGACCUCAGGAGAGAGUGGUGACUUACUGAGUAACCUAUUGCAGAGUCCUAGCUCAUCCAAACUACUGAGUCAGCCAAUCCCUAUCCUUGAUGCGGAGAGUGAGUAUGUUUGUUCCCUGGCAUUGGAGUGCUUGGCUCAUCUCUUCAGUUGGAUUCCUCUGUCUGCCAGCAUCACCCCAUCUCUCCUUACCACCAUCUUCCACUUUGCACGCUUUGGCUGUGACAUCCGGGCCAGAAAGAUGGCAUCAGUUAACGGCAGCAGCCAGAACUGUGUGUUGGGUCAGGAGCGCGGCCGGCUUGGGGUCCUGGCCAUGUCCUGCAUCAAUGAACUUAUGUCCAAGAACUGUGUGCCUAUGGAAUUCGAGGAGUAUUUACUACGUAUGUUCCAGCAGACUUUCUACCUCCUGCAGAAAAUCACCAAGGAUAACAAUGCCCACACCGUGAAGAGCAGGCUGGAAGAACUCGAUGAGAGCUAUAUCGAGAAGUUUACUGACUUUCUGCGGCUCUUUGUGAGUGUUCACUUGAGAAGAAUUGAGUCCUACUCCCAGUUCCCAGUCGUGGAGUUUUUGACACUUUUGUUCAAGUACACAUUUCAUCAGCCUACUCAUGAAGGUUACUUCUCUUGUUUGGAUAUCUGGACACUCUUUUUGGACUAUCUGACAAGUAAAAUUAAAAGUCGUCUUGGAGACAAGGAAGCAGUUCUCAACAGGUACGAAGACGCCCUAGUUCUCUUGCUCACGGAGGUGUUGAACCGAAUCCAGUUCAGAUACAACCAGGCCCAGUUGGAGGAAUUGGAUGACGAGACUCUGGAUGAUGAUCAGCAGACAGAGUGGCAGCGGUACUUGCGCCAGAGCUUGGAGGUGGUGGCCAAAGUGAUGGAGCUUCUUCCCACCCACGCCUUCUCAGCACUGUUCCCAGUUCUUCAGGACAAUUUAGAAGUUUAUCUGGGGUUACAGCAGUUUAUAGUUACUUCAGGGUCAGGACACAGAUUGAACAUCACAGCGGAGAACGACUGCCGGCGGUUGCAUUGUUCCCUGAGAGACUUGAGCUCCCUCCUGCAGGCUGUGGGCCGCUUGGCGGAGUACUUCAUUGGAGACGUGUUUGCUGCGCGCUUCAACGAUGCCCUCACGGUUGUGGAGAGGUUGGUCAAAGUCACUCUGUACGGGUCUCAGAUAAAGCUGUACAACAUCGAGACGGCGGUGCCCUCAGUGCUGAAGCCUGACCUCAUAGAUGUGCACGCGCAGGCCCUGGCCGCGCUGCAGGCCCACUCUCACUGGCUGGCGCAGUGCUGCAGCGAGGCUCAUCGGCAGAACAGCGAGCAGUUCGUCUCGCUCAUCUCCACCACCAUGGAGGCCGUCGCACCGCUCAUCAGCACCAAGGUCCAAGACAAGUUGCUGCUCUCUGCAUGCCACCUGCUGGUCUCACUGGCUACUACCGUGCGGCCCGUCUUUCUGAUCAGCAUCCCUGCAGUGCAGAAGGUGUUCAGCAGAAUCACGGAUGCCUCUGCCCAGCGACUUGUUGAUAAGGCUCAGGUGCUGGUGUGCCGAGCCCUCUCCAACAUCCUGCUGCUCCCGUGGCCAAACCUCCCAGAGAAUGAGCAGCAGUGGCCUGUGCGCUCCAUCAACCACGCCAGCCUCAUCUCCGCACUCUCCCGCGACUAUCGCAACCUGAAACCCAGUGAAGUCGCCCCCCAGAGGAAGAUGCCGCUCAGUGACACCAAAGUGAUUAUCCACCAGACGCUUAGUGUCUUAGAAGAUAUUGUGGAGAAUAUUUCUGGGGAAUCCACCAAGUCCCGCCAGAUCUGCUACCAGUCGCUGCAGGAGUCUGUCCAGGUCUCCCUGGCCCUGUUUCCAGCGUUCAUCCAUCAGUCAGAUGUGACUGACGAGAUGCUGAGCUUCUUCCUCACUCUGUUUCGAGGCCUUAGAGUGCAGAUGGGAGUGCCUUUCACUGAACAGAUCAUACAGACUUUCCUCAAUAUGUUUACCAGGGAACAGUUGGCUGAGAGCAUCCUCCAUGAAGGCAGCACGGGCUGCCGGGUGGUGGAGAAGUUCCUGAAGAUCUUGCAAGUGGUGGUCCAGGAGCCUGGCCAGGUGUUCAAGCCCUUCCUCCCCAGCAUCAUCUCCCUGUGCAUGGAGCAGGUGUACCCCAUCAUUGCUGAGGUAUGUGUGGGUGGAUGGUCCCAUGCACCUCCCAUCUGACUCGGGUGAGGGGCAUACCAAG